AUGGAUUACAAUGCAGACAUUAUCCGGGACAAUAAUCCAAUGGACAACUUGGAGAAACAGCUGAUUUGUCCUAUUUGCCUUGAAAUGUUCAACAAACCUGUAGUGAUUUUGCCAUGCCAACACAACCUGUGUCGGAAAUGUGCCAAUGAUGUAUUUCAGGCUGGAAACCCAUAUUGGCCCACACGAACUUCUGUGUCUGGUGGGAAAUUUCGCUGUCCAACAUGUCGUCAUGAGGUUAUUUUAGAUCGUCAUGGAGUUUAUGGUCUUCAAAGGAACCUGCUCGUUGAGAACAUAAUAGACAUCUACAAACAGGAUCACACAAGUCGACCUGAGAAAAAAAAGGAAAAUCAACCAAUGUGUGAGAAGCAUGAAGAUGAGAGAAUAAACAUUUAUUGUAUAAGCUGCCAGGUGCCAACUUGCUCUAUGUGUAAAGUGUUUGGCGCUCAUAAAGAUUGUGAAGUUUCUCCUCUCGAGAACAUAUACCAAACUCAGAAGACAGAACUCAGUGGUUGUAUAUCAAUGCUGGUUGCUGGUAACGACAGAAUUCACACUAUAAUUAGCCAACUGGAGGAGUCCUGUAAAGCAAUAAAGGAGAGCAGUCAAAAGAAAAGAGAAUCUGUCGCUGAAUUAUUUGCGGAACUGAACAGGGUGAUUGAGGAGAAGAGGGCGGAUCUUGUAGAGAGGAUAUCUCAAGCUGAGGAAGAAAAGAUACAUUUUGCCAGUUCCCUUAUUGUGAAAUACCAGGAACAACUUCAGUCCUCUUCUGACCUAUUGCAAAGUGCACUUCAAAUGGUGGAACAGACUGGUCAUGCCACUUUCCUUCUAAAGUCCAAGCAGCUAAUGAAAAGAAUCGUGGAAUCAUCUAAAGGUUCCCAGUUUGAAAAGACAGAACCUGGCUUUGAAACUAUGGACCAAUUUACUUUGGACAUUGAGCAUGUUAUUGAGUGUUUGAGGAGUCUAGAUUUUAGCAACAGCUGCGAAUAUGAGGAGGAAGAGGAGGAUAUAGAGGAAUAUGAGGAAACAGAAGAAGUGAAACCUGAAGGACAGCAAUAAUUCCAAAGAAUGUUAAAAAGAAUCAUCAGAAAAAGCUACUAAAGAUCUUGGCUCCCAGGAUAAAAACACGACAUCACAUGAGUCAGGAGGGGGAGAUCCUGGGGGCUACAUAACUCAGGACUGCUGCUAGAAGUCAGAGGACCUUUCUUGUUGGUCAGCUGAUCAGGGUGUAUAUAAUUGUUCUGCUGUCAUUUUAAGUAUGUUGAGUGCUGUGACUCUGCAUGUGGGUGGAUCUGCACACGGUCAGGAAUCCAGCUAUGGGAUUUGGGUCAAGUGUUUUAUAUGGAAAGACUUGAAUAAAUGUUUUCUCUUGUUGUGAUACAUUCCUGAGGUAGUGUGUGACACCAUUUGCUAUAUGACUGCCAGCUUCAUAAUAAUACAAAGUAAUUAAAGUUCAUAUUUAAUGUUUUUUUUUACAAUAGUUUACUGUCUACUAAAAUAGUAAAGUAUUUGCAGAAAACUUAAGCUGAUCAAAGGUCCCUUCAGCUUAUUUACAUAGAGAAGGUUGUAGUGUGUAAGACAUCAUGCAAAGGACAGAGCCUGUACAAUGG